GCUACUGCAGCUCACAGUGUGCAAACAGCAGAGAAAGCUUCUCCUGCAUCAUCCGUUUGUGCGGAGUACCUUAUCCAAAGCAAUGCGUCUCUACCAAAACAUGCAGGUAGCACAAAAAAAUGGUCUCAGAACCAAAACAAACAGAGCGCAGUGUUGGAUCAGGCCGCCUCACCAGGUGAUUGAAAAUCAACAACAGGAGGAAGAUGACCUCAUCAAACCACAAAAGCUGAUAAAUCCCAUCCUGGCCUCUGUCCAACGGAGAGCUCUUCAUCAGGAGCUCCUAUUCUGCCACAGACGGGGUAUGCUGCCGCGAACGAAGCCGGAGCUGCAACGUGUGCUCGAAAGCAAAAACAGAGAGCAGCUCAAGAAAACGGAACUGUCUCUCCAACCUCGCUCCGACUUAGAGGUCAAACUGCGCAGGAGACAGCAGAGAAUACAACAUUCUGAGCUGGAGGAGAAGAAGUGGAGGGAAGGCCUGAAAAAUGUGCCAGAGUUUGUUCGCGUGAGACAAUCCCUGAAGCACGUUCCACAUUCUUCCUAAUGCAAAUAGAGAAAUAAACAUUCUAACUGUGA